AUGAGCCCAAUCCAGAUUCCUGUCGAUGUGAUUACUUCACGUUUCGGUGAGCGCUUUAACAGCCUCCGAUCCCAAUCUCUGGGCUCUCGUUUUGCCAACCUCCGGCCCAUUUCCGAGUUCUUUGACGUCAAACGGGUCUCCAAGCCGGCCAACUUCGGCGAGGUUCAGAGUCGUGUGAACUACAACCUCUCUUACUUUUCUAGCAACUAUGCCGCGGUCUUCGUGAUGCUCAGCAUCUACAGCUUGCUGACCAACUUUAUGUUGCUUUUCGUGAUUCUCUUGGUGACUGGUGGCUUGUACGGGAUUGGAAAGCUUCAGGGCCGCGACCUAGAUCUGGGAUUUGCUCGAUUCAACACUUCCCAGCUUUACACCGGAUUGCUGAUCGUGGCGGUCCCCCUCGGCUUCUUGGCUUCUCCCAUCAGCACCGUUCUGUGGCUAAUUGGGGCUACCGGCGUAGGAGGCGGUCUAGGUGGUCGGCCGCGAACUCCUUACGGUAUGCCCCGAUGGGGAAGACCACCAGGGGCACAACGGGGGAGACAAACCGGGAGGUGGGCGGAUCCGUGGGUGGAUGGUGACGCACGGAUCGAGGAGAUUAACAGUGAGGACGAGUACCUUCUGCGGGAUAACCGGAGUUUGUACAGGAAACAAUUGGCUGGUAUGGACAUGGAUGAAAUCUUACGAUGGCGGAAACGGAUGCUGGAAUAUGACGAGUUUUCUGACGAGACCGGGUUUGUUGAUGGUAUGGACUAUAGCUUGCAUGAAGACGGGGAUAGCACGGUCGCUUAUGCGGUUCAGCUGGCUUUGAAAGAUAAAGAGGAAUGGCAUGUGGAGCAUGCCCUGGAACGGAUCCGGCGCGCGCAGAUGUUGGGACAGAAAAAUGUACGAUUAUCGAAACGAGAACUUGAGGCACUGGAACGCAAGCGAAUGCAGACCAGUAGCAAGAGAGAUCAUGAACGCCGGAAACCCACCACUAUGGGUUCUAGGUCAAGGGAUAGCUCCACGUCAAGCGGGCAGCGACGCGAAUCCAGUAUAUCGCAGGGCGGACAGACCGCACCAUAUCGACUCUCCGGCAGCAGUUGGACCCGCAGCUCCGGCGCUCCGUCUCGACAAUCUCAACCGCCUACUCCAUCUCCUAAGUCCUCACUCCGAUAUUCUGAGCGGUAUUCCACUACAUCCCCGCAAGCGUCCCCAAGAGGUACAGCCUCCGCGUAUCCUCUCCCGGAUGACCCUAGCCGGGCGCCUCCGUAUCAGCUUCCUUCUCCAAGAGAUCGACAGUCGCAGUCAAUGCGAAGUUCAGUGGACCCUCUGCAGGGAGCCUCACGGCGACCAUCGUCCUACAUGUCAACAUACCAAGCCGUCGCUAGUCCCAGCAGUGUGCGGAGCUUAUUCACCCCUCGGAUGACUCCAUUGCUAUCUACGGUGGAGAGGACACAUCACGAUGAGGAAAGCGAUGCAGGUGAUGGUCGAGUGCGCAUCGUGGACGUAGCUGAGCGCAAAGUGUCGACGGGUCGUACAGCAACCGGCAAGGGAAGCCGUCAACGCCGCCGCCGUUCUUAG